GAGAGAGAGAGAGAGAGAGAGGGCGACCACUCUGAUAGAACCACCAUUAACCCAUUACUACCAAAUACUUCCUCUUAUUACUACUCUCUUUCUGUUUUUGCCUUAAAAAGUUAAAGACUUUGUGGAGAAGCAAUCCUACCCAAGUGAAGAAUAGACCAUAACCGAUCUGGGGUUUCUGUUUAGUCUCAAUGCCGGAGAUCUAGCAGCCUCUGAGAUUUCUCGGCACUUUUAACUAUUCUUCUUGUUCUGAGUUUCCAAAUCUAUCUGUCUCCUUGUCGUGAUCUAGUUCAGCAACUAUGGCUUCCAGAACCAAAACUGGUUUAAUGGAGACUCCUCGUAGCAAACCAUCUCCGCCACCACCAAGACUAAACAGAUCAACAGCAGGAACAACUAAAUCAGACAGCAGUUCACCAUCUUCAGCGCACAGCACUCGUCUUUCACUAGACCGUUCCCCACAAUCUGUUAACUCCAAGCCUACACCUGAUCGUAGAACUGCAAGAGUUCCCACUCCUCCUGAGGCAAGCCCAACCAACUCCAAGCCUACUCCUGAUCGUAGAACUGCAAGAGUCCCUACUCCUCCUGAGAAAUCGCAGUCACGGUUAGGGAAAGGACUUGAGCUGCAUGCUCAGCUGAAUCAGAUUCAGGAGGAUUUGAGAAAAGCUAAUGAGCAAAUAGCAGUGCUCAAGAAAGACAAAGCUAAAGCACUUGAUGAUCUCAAAGGCUUUGAGAAGCUGAACAAAGAAGCUAAUGAGAAACUCAAGGAGGCAUUGGCAGCUCAGCAGCGUGCAGAGGAGAGCUCCGAGAUUGAGAAGUUUCGAGCUGUUGAGUUAGAACAGGCGGGGAUCGAAGCUGUUCACAAAAAGGAAGCCUCGUGGAAGAAAGAAGUUGAGUCUAUAAGAAGCCAGCAUGCGUUGGACAUCUCAGCACUUCUCUCUACCACUGAAGAGCUCCAAAGGAUUCAACAAGAGUUGGCUAUGACUGCUGAUGCUAAAAACAAGGCGCUAAGUCACGCUGAAGAAGCGACGAAGAUAGCUGAAAUGCAGGCUGAGAAGGCGGAGAUUCUUUCGUCGGAGUUAGGCCAGUUGAAGGCUUUGCUUGGUUCAGAGGAAGCAAAGAAAGUUACUGAAGGCGAUGAGGUUGUGUCUAAACUGAAAUCUGAAGUUGAGAUGUUGAGAGGGAAGCUUGAGAAUGUUAGCAUCCUCGAGAAAAGGUUGAAGGUUCAAGAAGAGUCCAUCGAACAGCUCCAUGUGGAUCUGGAAGCUGCUAAAAUGGUUGAGUCCUGUGCUAAUAGCUUAGCAGCUGAGUUGAAGAACGAGGUUGAUAAACUUGAAAAGCAAAUUGAAGAAUCAAAUAAGUUGAAGACAUCUUCUUCUGAAUCUUUAGAGUCAGCUAUGAAGCAGCUGGAGGAAAACAGGCAUGCGCUUCAUGAGGCGGAGUUGAAUAAUGCUGCGUUAAAGGAAAAGAUUGAGUCGCUGGUGGCGACGGUUGCAAGGCAGGAGAAAGAUCUUGAGGAAUCUCAACGCCAGGUUUGCAUUUCUAAAGAAGAAACUUCGAAGCUUGAAAAGCUUGUUGAGUCAAUAAAAUCUGACCUUGCAACCGCCCAAGAGGAGAAGGUUGGGGCUUUGGAGAAUGAGGAAACUGCAAAAUCACAUGCUGAGAACCUACUGAAUGAAAAUAUAGAACUUGAGAAAGAAUUGGAGAACAGUAAGAAGGAAGAAGAGAAAAGCAAGAAAGCUAUGGAAAGCUUAACUUUGGAUUUGCAGGAAGUAUCUAAGGAAGCAGGGGAAGCUAAGGAGAAGCUCUUGACAUGUCAAGCAGAGCUUGAAGAUUUUGGAAACCAGAUUGAAAGUUUGAAGGUUGCUGAGAGAGAGACAAAUGAGAAGUAUGAAAAAAUGCUUGAAGAUGCAAGAAACGAAAUUGAUAGCCUGAAAAGAAGUUUGGAAAACACUCAGAAUGAGAUCGUCAAUUCGAAGACUGAGUGGGAACAGAGAGAACUUCAUUUGAUGGGUUGUGUGAAGAAAUCAGAAGAUGAGAAGUUCUCUGUGCAGGGAGAACUUAGCAAGGUGGAGAAUUUACUUAAUCUUAAGGAGAUUGAGGCGCGAGAAGCAAGAGAAGAAGAAGCCAAUACCAAAAAGAAUCUUAAGGAGCUUGAGGAGGAGCUUAGGAAUCUGCUAGAAAGAGUUGAAGAAGGUAAAGCUGAAAGCAUGAAACUUAAAGAAAGCUUGUUGGAGAAAGACAACGAGCUAAAGAACGCUAUUGAAGAAAUCAAAAAGCUCAGAGAAUUGGAGGUUUCUUCUCUCGCAAAGAUAGAUGAAUUGUCAAAGGUGAAUGAAAGCUUGGUGGAUAAAGAAACAAAACUGCAGUGCAUUGUUCAAGAAGCGGAGGAGCUAAGAGAGAAGGAGAUUGAUUAUCUCAAGAAGAUAGAAGAGUUGUCAGCAACGAAUGUAAGCUUGGUUGAGAAAGAAACCAAACUGUUGAGCGUUGUUCAAGAAGCUGAAGAGCUUAGAAGAAGAGAGCUUGAUUGUUUGAAGAAGAUUGAAGAGUUGUCAGCAGUGAAUGAGAAAUUGGCUGAUAAAGAAACCAAGUUGCAGAGCACCAUUCAAGAGAUUGAGGUGCUCAAAGAAAGAGAGGCUGUAUAUAUCAAGAAGGUGGAGGAGUUGUCAUUGGCGAAUGAGAGGUUAGCUGAGGAAGAAGCCAAACUGUUGUCCGCCGUUCAAGAAAAUGAGAAGUUAAGAGAAAGCGAGUCUUCUUAUCAUAAGAAGAUUGAAGAGUUGUCAACAAUAACUGAAAUCCUUGCUGAUAAAGAAACAAAACUCCAGAGUUCUACUCAAGAAAAUGAAGAGCUUAGAGAAAGGGAGGCUGCCUAUCUCAAGAGAAUUGAAGAGUUAGCUAUGCUGCAAGAAAGUAUUGUCGAUAAAGAAAAUGAGCUUGAUGGUAUGGUCCUUGAGAUUGAAGACCUUAAAGCCAAAGACUCUCUAUCUCAAAAGAAGAUUGAAGAGCUUUCAAAUCUAAAUAAAAGCUUGCUCGUAAAAGAGAGUGAGCUACAGGAUGUUGUUAACGAAAACGAGGAGCUCAAAUCCAAAGAGGCUUCAUCUCUUAAGACAAUAGAAGAGCUGUCUGAUCUUAAACGAAACUUGGUUGAGAAAGAAAAUGAGCUGAAAAAUGCAAUUAUGGAGAAUGAGAAGCUCAAGGCCGAAGCAGCCUCAUCUGUUCAGAAGAUUGAAGAGUUGACAAACCUUAAAGAGAGUUUACUUGAUAAAGAGAAGGAGUUGCAAGGCGCUUUCCAUGAGAACGAGGAGCUUAAGGCCAAAGAGGAAUCAUCUUUGAAGAAGAUUGACGAGUUGUUACAUCUCAAGCAGAGUUGGGUUGACAAGGAAAACGACUUUCAAAGAAUUAAUCAAGAAAAUCAAGAGCUUAAAGUGCAGGAAGCUGCAGCAGGAAAGAAGAUAGAGGAGCUGUCAAAGAUGAAAGAGAGUCUACUUGACAAAGAAACCGAGUUGCAGGCUGUGAUUCAUGAUAACGUUGAGCUGAAGGCUAAAGAGGCUUCCGCGCUUAAGAAGAUUGAAGAGUUAACAACGUUGCUAGCAAAAGCUUCUUCCAUACAAGAGAAUGAAAAUGGUCAUGACUUAAUCCCCAAAGCUGUAGAAUCUUCAGAGGAAAAUGGUUUCAAGUGCAUAGAAGAGACUACUAGAAGCGAACCUUCUCACCAUAUAGCUGAAGAACAAAAGGUUCAAGAAAGUCCAUUGGAAGCCAUUGAUAAACAUCUGAAAGAGGCCUCACCAAUGCAUUGGUUAGCUCACAAGGCUGAAGGAGUAGGAAAAGGAGACAAAGAUAAAGACUCCAUGGAAGGAGGGUUCAAGACGUGGGAAGGAUACCAUAUAGAAAAGAAAGAAGCUUCUUCAGAGAGAGAGUCAGAGCACGAUUUUGCUGAAGAGGAAGAUGAAUCGAAAGCAGAGGGUAGUGAAAAUUUCGAUCAGUUAAGCAAUGGUUUGUCUUCUGCAGACCACGCUGAAGAUGCUGGGAGUCUGCUUCCAAAAGAACAACAGCAGAAAAAGAAGAAGCCACUGCUCCGGAAGUUUGGAAACUUACUGAAAAAGAAGAGUACAAGCAGCAGCAGCAGCCAUAAGUAGAUGAAUCUCUGAUGAUACCACUGUGCCAUUUCUAUUGCAACUGAACAUUAUUGUCUUGGUUGAUUUGUCUUAAAUCUUUUAAGAGUAUAGCUCCAAAUUCAAUUUAAGGUGUUUGAUCUCUGUCUACUUUCUCAUUAGAUUAGGUCCCUGCUUCUCUGUUUCUUCAAAUUUAGAUGUAACAUAAGAGGUAGUUAGCUCAUGUAGAAAAGAUCAUGAUCAUUGUGUCGGAGAUGGACUGAUAGGACAAAAC